UAAUAUAUCGUAACUUCCUUUUAAAAUCAUGCCACUCGCAUUCCACCAGGGAUAACACAUGCGUAUUAAAUAAUACAGAAAUUUAAAGAUGCGAAUUGAAAAAUGUUACUUUUGUUCGGGACCUGUGUAUCCCGGGCACGGUACGAUGUUUGUGCGGAACGAUUGCAAGACGUUCAGGUUUUGUAAAUCAAAAUGCCUCAAAAACUUCAAGAAGAAGCGUAACCCAAGAAAGACCAGAUGGACCAAGGCUUUCAGGAAAGCAUCUGGCAAGGAAUUGACAGUGGAUAACUGCUUGGAGUUCGAGAAGCGCAGAAAUGUGGCCGUCAAGUACCAGAGGGAAUUGUGGAGCAAGACAGUGGAGGCAAUGAGGAAGGUGGAAGGAAUAAAACGGAAACGACAGGCCCAGUUCAUCUUCAACAGACUGAAGAAGGGCAAGCAGUUGGAAAAGGAGGAAGCCAUCAGUGAAGUGAAGAAGAACAUUCACCUCAUCAAAGCCCCACAUGCAGGCAAAGCCAAGGUUAUGGAGGAGAAGAUGGUGCAGAAGUUACAAGAUGUGGAAAUGGGUGACGAUUAGCAAGUCCUUAUUGGGGCUCUGCUGAAAUAGAGACCUACAAAGCAACCACGGGCUCUAUUCAUAACAUCCAUAGACUUUCCUUUACCAUAAUCUGGACAACAUUCUGUGAAGAAACAAUCAUAUAUAUAUAUAUAUAGCACUGCAACCCAGUGCAGUUCUGGGGUGCUAACACAUUUACAUUUACAUUUAAGUCAUUUAGCAGACGCUCUUAUCCAGAGCGACUUACAAAAUUGGUGCAUACACCUUAUGGCAUCCAGUGGAACAGCCACUUACAUCAAAAUCUUUUUUUUGGGGGAGAAGGGGGGUGAGAAGGAUUACUUACCCUUACUUAACACAAUAUUAAACACUUUGAAAAUAAUUUUGUGGAGUGUUGUCAAAUGAUGGAUUGAAUAAAGUAUUGUGUCCUGA